AUGCCGGGCCUUUUCACCCAGCUCCAGGUCGAGAUGUGUGACCAGGCCCUGCGCCCUGCCUCGCCAGUUGAGCGUGACCUCGUUGAGUUUGCUUCUAAGGUGGAGGAUGCUAUCUCGCCGGGUUCCUCGGAGGAGUGGUUUUUAGAGCAUGCCCUGGAUGCCAUCCACGAUGACACACCCUCCCCCGCGAAGUGGCACCUCCUCAAGCAGAUGGCUCAGGUUCUCUCCUUGCAGCACAACACCCCUCACAACCCUGCCUCCCUCAGACUCCUCACCGCCAACGUCACUCACUGGAGGCCUGAGGUUCGUGAUUGGGCCUUUUCCCUUGACGCCCAGGGGGUUUUGCUCCAGGAGCUCCACCUCACUGCUGACGCUGCGCAUGAGGCCACAAUCGCCGCCUCCAAAAGUGGGCUUCGCCUCUUCACUUCGCCACCUUUUCUUAGCGAGAAGAAGCGGCCCCUGGGAGGUUUUGGCGUUCUAGUCCGCUCUUUCCUCAACCCUCGUCACGUCCUCACCCACACCGUUGAGGGCUGUGGUUUUCUCGCAGUUUCGCUUCGGUGUUCGGGGUUCGAGCUCACCCUGAUCUCAGUUUACCUUCAGUCCGGGACGGGUUUCAACUCCCCUGUCAACGCCGAUGUCCUAGCCCGCCUUCUAGCCUUUCUUCCCUCCCUUCGGGGAGUGUGGCUUGUUGCCGGCGACUGGAACAACCCCAUCCAAGACCUCCUCGCCACUAGGCUCGAGGAAGUUACCCAUGGGAAGUUCCUGGGCACCGGGGCCCCCACCGCUGCAACGGACCGGGAAAUCGACUACCUGCUUGUCUCGUCUCCGGCUGUUGCUUCCCUGACCUUGGCUCAGGACUGGGUCGUCCCCUUCAAGCCUCACUGUGCCCUACGGGUUACUCUUCAGCUCAGCUCCUUGCAGCUUCCCUACCCGCAGCUCGCUACCUUCUGUGAGGUCUUCCCCGACCCUUUGCCUUUUCAGCCGUCGGUCCCGCGUCCCACGCCAGUCGCUGAAGUUAAUCUUCUUGGCCUCACUUCUGCUGACCAGCUCACCCUUGACUUCGCUGAGCUGAGCUCCUUCCUUGAAGCUUCUCACGGUUUCCCCGACCGCGGGCGCGGGGCCUUUGUCCCCAUUCUUCACAAGCCCCUCGUUCAAGGCCACUCGGUUGCUUUUGCUUGGAAGGGCCAGCUCCCUUCCUUGGUGUCUGCCGUGCUCCACUUGCUUGAUCGGCCUGAGGUUUUGAAGCCCUUUUUGUGGUCCUCCUUAGACACUUCCCUCCCCUCUGAGGUUCGGGCCUUUUGUGACCGGGCGCGGGACGACUCGGCCACUCCUGCCAACCUCCGUGUGGAGGGCACUGCUCUCCUCGGCCAGCUUCGGCGGGAGCAAAUCGCCCGGCAGGCUGACCAGUACGGUGAGUGGCUGGAGGAAGCUUCCGGCUCACACCUUGGGCCGCUUUUUUGCGCCAUCAAGUCUCAUGAGCAGGUGCUUGACCGGCCCUACCAGGACUGUGAUGGGCUCCGUCGCGCCUUUGAGAGGCAUGAACACUGGGCCCGCGUAUGGCACGCUUCGGUCUUUCCUCAGCCCUUUUCGCACCCUCUCCUCGCGGAGCUCCGCUCGAGGGCCGUCUCUCACGCCGGCACUCUUGCUCCACUGACCGUCCCCAACCUUCAAAAGCUUUUCAAAAAAGCGGGGAAGAAGAAAGGUGGCCCAGACGGAUGGAGCUACCCAGCCCUCCGUGCACUGGACCCGGCGGCUCUUCAGCUCGUCGCCGACUUCCUCGCCCGUGCGGAGGCUGAGGUGCUUCUGCCUUUCCAGCUCACCUGCGUCCAGGUCGCUCUUCUCCCGAAGUCGGCCGACAAGGAGCGCCCCAUAAGUCUUCUACCCUGUCUGUGGAGAUUGUGGGCACGAGCCAGGUGGCAGGACGUCUCGGCUUGGACGUCGGCUUACGCCCCCGCCCACCCGUGGGACCGGGCGGUUCCAGGCCAGGCAAGCCUGGACACGGCGCUGGCCCGCCUUGUCAGAUCAGAGCAUUCAAAGCUCGAGAAGACUCACAUUGUGUCGCUCUUCCUCGACUUGCGAGGUUUCUUCGACUCUGUGAGCUACGAGCGCCUUCUCCUCCAAGGGCUCGCUCACAGUUUCCCUCCUCUUCACCUCUGGUUCGCCCUCCAGGUCUACCAGGGUCCUCGCUGUCUCGUUGCCGACUCGAUCGCUGCCACGCCGCUCUUUCCCGGCCGGGGCGUACCCCAGGGCUGCCCUCUCGCACCCUCGCUUUCCAAACUUACCAUGUCUGAGCCACUCCAGAAGGUUUCUUCCCUUCCCUUCGUCACCAACACAGACUUAUGGUUGGACGACGUGAGUUUAGACGUGGUGGGUUCCGACCCUGUCGAGGUCGCUUCCUCUGCGCUUCAGGCCUACCGGGUCCUUCAUGCCUCCCUCGGCCUUGAGGGCCUUGAGGUUGAGACCACAAAGACCAAGUUCGUUGCUGGUACGGUCCGCGCCCGCGCCGCGCUUCAGCAGUUGCGGCGCCCCGGCGAGCCCGAUACCGCCGACCUGGUCAAGGACCUCGGGCUCGACUGUGCUGCAGGCCGGCGACGGCGCAUCACCACAGCCCAAAAACGCUUCCGCACCGGCCUUGGGCGUGUCCGUCACAUGCGCCGUCUUCGCAUCCGCCGCAGGUGGGUUCGGGGCCGGCUGCUCCAAGCCUCCGCCCUCAAGGCGGGCCUUUAUGGCCACCAGGCUGUUGGGGUUGCCCCUAAGCGCCUCAAGGUUUUGCGCUCGGCUGUUGCGCGUGAAGCUGGCCGUUUUGAGCAUGGCUCUGCUGAUGUCAUCCUAGACCUCAUGUCCCACAAGGCCGUGUUGACCCACACCAGCGUGCGGUUACUCACACGCACCUGGGCCUCCUCAUGGUCCAGACAGGCCUCUGCCAAGCAUGGGUGGAAAAUCGUGAACGGCCCAGUGUCCGCGCUCAUCCAGUACUUGCUUGAUUUGCGAGUGUCCGCUCCCACCCCUGAAGUCUGGACACACCGCGAGGCUACCUUUCACUUCCGCUUCCGUGAGCCAGGAGCGGUUUUUGAGGCCUCCGCCUUCCUCAAGCAGGUUAUCCAGCUUGAGCGCUGGACUCGUAUCGGCGCGAUCUCCACCGCCGCCGGCGCCGCCACAGGCAUUGAUUGGACCGUGCCGCGCCGCCUUUUGGCCAGUCCUCGGACGAAGUCCUGGCGGCACGGCCUUAGGGCCGUCUUUCAAGGCGCCCUCCUUCACUCGGGCAAUGGAGGGAAGGAUCAAUGCAAAUUCUGUGGUGCGCCCAACACCCUGCACCACCUCCUUUACGAGUGUGAGAAGGUCCCCGGCGCCCUCAUGCCCGCGGGCUGGCUGCUGUCUUAUAAGCGGCGCCACCCCGCCGAGUGCCUCUGGCUGCGGGGGAUGCGGCCCCUAAACACCCGCGAGCCCCUCGCCCAUGAGGCUGAGGUCCGCCGCACUGGCCUCUUCCUUGACGGCUCCCCAGACUUGACGGGGCUUUUCGUCGCUACUGACGCUUCGGGAGGCCCUGCCACCAAAGACAGUCGCCUCCGCUCUGUCGGCUGGGCUGUUAUAGUCGCUAGCAGACACAAUGGCGACUUCACUGUCCUAGGUACCAUGUCGGGGCUUUUGCCGGCCCCUGCCUCCGUUCCGGAAGGCGAAAGCGAGGCCAUCGCGCAGGCCCUCCUCUCCUCGCGGGGCACUUUUGACCUCACUUGCGACUGCCAGCCCGCUCUUCGGAGCCUUCAGGGGCCCUUUACCAAGCGCACCUCGCUUGUGUGGUCUAAGGCGUGGGACUACAGACACAGAGCCGAACCUCACUGGGUCCGCUCCCACCUCAGUCCCUCGGACUUCUGUCUUGAGUUUGGGGCUGACGCCUUGUGGCGUCGUGAGCUCAACUCCCUUGCAGAUAAGCUCGCCAAGGAUCGUGCUGAAGAGGUUCAGACUUCUCACCGCCUCGCUGCCCAAAAGGAGGUUGAUCGUGUCACCUCCCUCGUCUGCGAGUAUUUGGGCCGCCGAGCUGCUGCCAUACUGGCCAAGGCCGAAAAAGAGGACUUCGUCCCGCGGAAGAACCGCCUCCACUCCGCACUUGAGCCUUCCGCUUCUCCCUCGCCCAACAAGAGGCAGAGGUUGCAGACCUUGCUCGACGUACCCCCUCUUCCGGGUGGGCACGUCUGGUCCCGCACCUCUAAGGAGAAGAGUUUCAACAUGUGUGUCAAGUGCUCUGAGUGCUCCUUGUGCAUCUACCAAGUUGACACACCGGAAACCUUUGAACGCCUCAUCACCUUUCCGUGCCGAACGGCUGCGGUUCCGUGCCCCUUCGCUGCUCACCCUUCGCACACUCUUGUGCGCCAGGGGCCGUCCUGGAAGUGCAGCCAGUGCCACGGCCACGUGACCCUUCGGAUGGGCGCCGCGCCGAAAAAGCUCGUAGAGCGCUUUGACCAGACAGGUAUCUGGCAUAGCACUAGCUCCCUGUCCAGACGCAAGCAGCGGCCGGAUAAGGCAGCGCGCGCUAAGGCCAAAGCGCGCCAGGUGCAGGACCGCGAGAGAGUCUGGGAGCACCCACCUCCCGCUCCCUCACCUGCUCCUCGCCGAAGGGCUGAAGCUGACGAUGAUGACCAGCUUUUUACCUGGUCACGCCGCGUGACGAACCGGACGACGGCCAAGUCGUCCAGCUCUGCCGGCCCCUCGCCCCCUGUGGCUGAGGUUGCGAUGGAGGAAGAGCCUGGUCCGCCGGUGAGCUCUCACCCCCGCAGCCGCGGCCCUCCUGCUCCGGCGGAGGUCGUCACCUCGGCCCUGGGCUUUUCUCAGCAGCGGGCUGCGGGCCCGCCGCCACAACGCCGGGAGCUUCGGCUUGCUUUUAACUUCCACUGCUUCCUGUGUGGGUACAGCAACGAGAACCCCUUGGAGAUGGGCUCUCACCUGGGAAGCUGGCACACCUCUGGCUCCUUCCUCGCCUUGGCUGAGGUUCGACCCUGCAGCGGUGCCUGGGAGUGCCCAGAGCAACCCUCGGCUUCCUUCCUCACCAGUCCGGCUGAGGUUCGAUCCUGA